AUCAUCAUAAUAACCUAAUUGGGCAAUACCUCUAAUGUGAGACAUUGUUUCUGCACUGUAAAAACAUUUAUAGGCUACUCUCAUAACAGUGCGUGCACCCUCCCUUCUCUCUGUCCCUCUUGACUUGGUGACAGACCUAAAAGCCUUUUGUUGCAAUCUUAGCCAAUGGAGACGGAUUACGACACCGGGCAGCUGAGAUAUAUAAAGAGCCCCUUUUUGACCGCACUUGCACAUUUUUCAGUGACACAUCUGAACAUUCACAUACCUAAAUGGACUAAAUUGUACAGAAGACCCCCAAACAACCACUAUACUACACGUGAGCGGGCGAUGCAUUCAUCAAACAGAUAAUUAGUUCACCUUCAAUCCAAUCAGCCUGUACCGAGACACACUGGAACGUACUUUUUUCCUUUUUUUUUGAAAAUUUAUUGCAACAUCUGCAGAAAGCAACUUCGGGGUGAUCGUAUUGGAUUAGAUGCAUGUCACUGAUUCCCUGCCUUUUGUAGGAUAAGGCAAGGAGCGGCGCAAAUCCGAGACGGGGGAUAUAACGGGAUAAAGCGAGUGAAAGGACAAGAAAAACAAGGAAAAAAGUUACACCGCCCGGUAUCCGCGCAUCGUCAUGCCGAGGUACAACUUCUUGCUGUGCUUGAUGGUGCUCAUCUCCCUGGGACAGUCGGGGAGCGAUGAGCCCAAUCUACUGCUGCCUUCUGCCAGCGAGACGCCCACGGAUGCCGGGCUGUCCCUGCUGGACGAGGACGCCGGUUCUCACGAGUGCUCCGCCUGUGUUUGGAGGGAGCAGAGCAAAGUGCUGAGACUUGAGACCAUUAAGUCCCAGAUCCUGAGCAAGCUGCGUCUGAAACAGGCGCCCAACAUCAGUCGGGAGGUGGUCAAUCAGCUGCUGCCCAAGGCGCCUCCGCUCCAGCAGCUCCUGGACCAUCACGACUUCCAGGGAGACGCGUCGUCCCAGGAUGAGUUCAUGGAGGAGGAUGAGUACCACGCCACCACGGAGUCCGUGAUCACCAUGGCCUCUGAGCCGGAGCCCCUGGUGCAGUUCAACGGCAAGCCGAGCUGUUGCUUCUUCAAGUUCAGCCCCAAACUGAUGUUUACCAAGGUGAUAAAGGCCCAGCUGUGGGUGUACCUGCGACCGCUGCAGCAGACCUCCACCGUCUACCUGCAGAUCCUGCGGCUAAAGCCUGUCACAGAGCAGGGCAGCCGCCACAUCCGCAUCCGCUCCCUCAAGAUAGAACUCAACUCCAGGGUCGGCCACUGGCAGAGUAUUGACUUUAAGCAUGUGCUGCAGAACUGGUUCAAACAGCCCCACACCAACUGGGGAAUCGACAUCAACGCCUUUGAUGAGAGCGGCAAUGACCUGGCAGUUACCUCGCUGCGACCCGGGGAGGAGGGGCUGCAGCCGUUCCUGGAAGUGAAAGUUCUUGAGACGACCAAACGCUCUCGGAGAAACCUUGGCCUCGACUGUGAUGAGCACUCCACCGAAUCUCGCUGCUGUCGCUAUCCUCUGACUGUGGAUUUUGAGGCGUUUGGCUGGGACUGGAUCAUUGCCCCCAAACGCUACAAAGCCAACUAUUGCUCUGGCCAGUGCGAGUACAUGUUCAUGCAGAAAUACCCGCACACCCACCUGGUACAACAUGCCAACCCCAGAGGCUCCGCGGGGCCCUGCUGUACCCCGACCAAGAUGUCUCCCAUUAACAUGCUCUACUUCAAUGACAAGCAACAGAUAAUUCACGGCAAAAUCCCAGGGAUGGUGGUGGAUAGAUGUGGUUGCUCUUAGGCUGCAGGGAAGACGCACGCUUGUGUACAGCCACCAUCGCAUCAAACCACCCAAAACCCUUAUGGAGCUCUUCCCUGACACCAGAACCCACUUUUCAGCACCAGAUUUAACUUUUGCUCAGACACAAAAAUCAUCCCAAUGGGUUUUCAUUUUUUCAAGUAAUUAAAUUUAUUCUAACAGUAAAAACAAAAGAGAAAACAAAACAAAACAAAUACAGUUAUAAAUGAAAAAGACUGAGCUAUGGAAAUACAGUACAUAAUGAAUAAUUUAAAGUUGUUCUUAAGGUUGUCUUUGUGAAGCAGCUUCAGAAAUUGGUAAAAGAGACAAAACUAUGUUAUAGAUUAUGUUACGAGUAAGUUUUGUGUAAGUUUUUUUUUUUUUAUAGAGCAUCUUUGUCAAAUGUCCAGGUUAGUGGAUUGAGAUAACAGGAGACAUCAGCAUUUACAAUAUUUUAAAGCAAUUCCAGUCCUAAGGUGAGUUUGGAAAUACUUGAUUUCACAAAUACACUUACUUACGGUUAAGAGUUUAUCCACAAAAAAUGUUUGCAAGGGGGCAUGAUCAGAAUUAUUUUGCAAUCCAUUACUUUAACAAAAAUAACCAAAUCCAUGCUAGUGUGAGGAGGGUUCACCAUUAGAAAUACUCUUAGUAUACAUCUAAAAUCUUGUUUACAGAUGUUUAGAGAUAUGCUCUAGAGAUGUAAAGGGUUGAGGAGAUCCAAAACUAAACCUAUACCCUCUAUUCAUGUAUAACACCCCAGUGUGACAUUCUCGAGUAUCUACAAAACCUUUCACAGUUACUUUGAUCUUUUUUAUUUGUAGUCUUGUAAAACUCGGAAAGGGAGAGAAAAGGUUAUACUAUUUUAACUCCUUCUAUUUCAACUUUGAAAUCAGAUGUAAAAAAGCCAGUAUAGCUAUUUCUCUCAUUCUGCAAAAGUAAAUAAGACAUAUUUAGGAUUCACUUCCACACUAAGUCCAAAAACUAAGAACUGUAAUGUAGAUCUCUCAAGUCAUUCAGCACUGUCUGGGAGAGGAGGAGGAGCAGGAUCUUGCAGGAUCACAAGAACCCGAGACAUUUUCUUUCUUCUACAUGACAAAAGGAAAAUACACUUUAACGCCUUCAACUUUUGCAUGAAAUGUUUAAAACUGAGACGUAAAUGCACUGUUUCAUAACUUGAACAGGCCUGGGACUGAGCAUGUAAUGAAAAACGGAAAGUAAAAUCCUGAGAUAAAACACACAAGGGUGACAGUAAUGCUCAAAUGUUCACAAUGCUGUGAAUUAUUGAGCUGAAAAAAGCACAAAACAGCAUUAAACUAUUAUGACUAGAGGUUUACACACUUAUACUUCCAGCAGUGUUUGCAUCCAUGUUAAAA